AGAGCACUGCGGAUGGCCCACGGGCCCAAGCCCAACAUCACCGGCUUCAACAUGCGAGCCUUCAAAGAGGCCACCGGCCAGCCCCGAUACGAUCCCUGGGAGCGAACAGAGGCAUGGCGAUACCAGGGCACCUUUUCCAGGUGGAACCGCUUCAGGAGCGGCUUUCCCGGUCUGGGCAUCGCGACGGUGGCCUUUGCCGGAUACUGCACCUACGAGUACCUCUUCCUGAACGACGAGCACCACCACGGCGAGGGUCAC